AUGGCAUCCUACUAUCCUGAAGGCGAAUGCUACUUUGUUAGAAGCUCUCUCAGACUGCCCAACAACUGGAAUGCUAAUAACAGAAACAACUUCUACAGCCACAUUCUUGUUGAGUACUACUGGAACGGUUGGACCGCAACCAGUACCCAAAGCAGGUCUCACAGAAGAUCUUCAUGGAGACAUGGAACUCCUUCAGGUAUCAACAACACUCGUUUCGGUGACUGGGACAGAUUCUGGGUAGGCGAAAGCAGAGACAAGAACCCUGAAAUCAUGACAGCCAUGCAUAGCCACCCCAACAGUCUCAACUGGAACGAGUGUCGUGAUCUCAACAACGGUGGACCGCGUAAGUACAUCCUUCGUCCCAUUCAGAUCCAGAGCCGUGAGACUGAGUGGCUCUGGAUCGACGGCACAAUCCCUAUCAGAGCCGUAUACUUCCCCGUCGCGCAGCAGACGGAUCAGGCUUUCGCAAACCUGUGUACCUAUGUUGUCAUCGACUUCAGACACAGAGAGGAGAUCGAUAUCAUGGACUAUCGUGGUUUCAACUUCAAUAAAUUUCGUGUGACAUCUCACGCCGGCCUUGGUUGGAGAGAGAGUCUCACUUGGGGUUUCCACAUGCCCGACAUCAUUGCCUACCUGACCAUCCCCCACAAGCUGCGCAACCCAGACCAGCGGCUGUUCAAAGCCAAGGACCGACGUGAUGAUCUGGUCGUUUGCGCCUCGUCGUCGAUCACUUGGAGAAGCUCCUCCACAGUCAUACACCAUCCUGAUUUCUUCCGUCAGAUUGACUUUGCCGACGUCCUCAGCGCAACCUUUGGAGUCGAGGUUGGCUGGCGACCUUAUGAACCAUCCAACUUCCUUCGAAACCUUAUCAUCGACCUGGUCAAUCUCGGCCUUGGUUUCAUUCCGGGCGUCGGGCCUAUUCUGUCGGUUGCGUUCGGUAUAGCGGUGCAGCUGCUUGAGGAUCCUAAAUCAUUCAGCCAUGAAAACAUUCUGGACCUCAAUCAGGCAAUCAUGGAUAACGUGACUCGUUCGGCGAACAAACAUCGAAAGUAUCUCGCACCGGGCUUCAUGGGCAAGGGGCGCGGUCGCCAGGAACUAGUUCCGUUGAGCGAUGAUGAACGGGCUAGUCGACAGAAGUAUGGCGAGGAGUUGAACGAGAAGCUCACCAAGGAGCUUAAUCCUCAGGUGGUGAUUCGAUCGCUGUUGGAUCAGGAGCUGUUGUUGUAUGGAGCUGCUAGUCUCAAUGGUGUUGGGGAAGAGGAGCAGACUGAGGUGCAGACGAUCUCGAUUGAUGCGGCGGAGGAGGAAAAGGAGACGGUUGAAGGGGAUGAGAGCAAGAAGGACGAAUAG